AUGGUCAAGCUGGAUCUGAAGGAGUUCGCUGAGGCCACGCGGCGCAUGGUGCAGCUCAGCGGCGUUAAGAAGUCGCGCCUGAUGCUGCGCGUGCGGCCCACCAGCGGCCGCAAGACGUUCGUGCUGAAGUCUACCGACGGCCGCACGACACUCACGACACGGGUGGCGCACCAAGGCGAGCUGCGCCUCGUCGAAAGCAUCGUGAACGACUUCGUCAGCCGUUGCACCGCCGCCGUGGCGCCACCACCACCAGCAGGGAGGACAACGCCAGCGGCGCAACCGGCGGUCUUGCCAGGAGCGCCAGCAGGGGGGCAGAGCAAGCAGGCGGAGGGCGGCAGUGCGCCGUCACCGUCUGCAGGGGGAAAGGGCGACGAUGACAAACAGGGAAGCGGAGGCGGCCGAGUGAACGCGAAUCAGCAGCAGCAUCAGAAGAAGCCGCAGCAGCAACAGGAGGGCAACAAGAAGCGGAAGGGUGGACGACGGUAA